CCCAAUCAAAUGCUCUCUCUCUUCAUCAACAGACACACCUUCACUCACUAAAAUAGCAAUUUCCUAAUAUGUCAUUCAAGAAACUCCACUAUCGUCUUUCCGCUUUGUUUUUUUAACUAUGGAUGUGGAAUGCCCCAACUCGGACAGCAGCAACAACAGCAAUCCAAACUCGUCCUCAUCCGCGGCGACGCUGAGCCGCUACGAGAAUCAGAAGCGGCGCGACUGGAACACCUUCGGGCAGUACCUAAAGAACCACCGGCCGCCUCUCUCGCUGAGCCGGUGCAGCGGGGCCCACGUGCUAGAGUUCCUCCGCUACCUUGACCAGUUCGGGAAGACGAAGGUGCACAACCCCAUCUGCCCCUUCUUCGGCCACCCGGUCCCCCCCGCCCCCUGCCCCUGCCCGCUCCGCCAGGCCUGGGGCAGCCUCGACGCCCUCGUAGGCCGCCUCCGCGCCGCCUACGAGGAAAACGGCGGCAAGCCUGAAACCAACCCUUUCGGCGCCAGGGCCGUCCGCCUCUACCUGCGCGAGGUCCGCGAUAUGCAGUCCAAGGCAAGGGGUGUCAGCUACGAGAAGAAGAAGCGCAAGCGCCCGCUGCCGCACACGGCUGUUCCGCCGCCGGGUGAAGCUUUAUGAUCGGUUAGUUAAUUAGCAUGCGAGGCUCCUCCCCCUUCCUAGCUUCUUUUAAUUUGUUUCUUAAUGAUCACCUAGAUCUUAAUUUUAGAAUUAGUAGUACUAAUAUUUAGUUUAUGUCUAAGUUUGGAUUAUGGGGGUUGCUUACGAUCACUUAUGAAUAUGAGGUUUUGAUUUGGGGAAAAAAAAAAAAAAAAAACUGUUGCAGUUUGAAGUCCAUAAACAGUUGCUGUCCGAAAAAGGCUGUUGGAAUAGUAGAAAUAUUAUGAUGCAUCAAAUCUCAUAAAUUUCUGCGAUUUCAUAAACGCGUCAGAUUUUCU